CUAAGAUAGCACAAGGGUUAAGUCUAAAGUAUACAAAAUCAACGACAUUGUUUUUGCACACACGCAUGAGCACACGCAUGCGCACACUUUUUUUUUUUUUUUUUUUUUUGCUUUAGUGCGCCAAGCAAGCUAAAGCUUGACACAAGCCUAAUAACCGUCAUUCCUUGGCCGCACCAGCUUUACGCACCGUCCCUGCGCGCGCCACCCUAUCAUUGAUGCUGCUACUUCUGGACCUCUACGUUUGGAGAUUUGGAAAUGUAAUCACAGCAGCCACUGACUUUGCUGAAGACAAAUCCACAAACUGAAGGUGCCGGCUGCCAAACCACAUAGGAAUCAUCAGUGUGCAUCCCCGCAGGAAACUAAAACAACAACAAAAAAAAGUUUGUUUGGGGCACCCAUGGCUUACGAUCCUCUCCAGCUUCGUCCAGCAGAUCCCCUUUCCUUCCCAGCUCUGGUUCGCGGCGCGCAUCCUUCAUUUCUCCCCACAGUGACUCUCCCAGAUGUCGCCUGGCUCGCUGGCUCCCUGUCGUUGCAGCCCACGAGGCUUUCCGCAGUCCACCCGCAGCCUUUGGAGAGCCCGCAGCGAGAAGAGUGGCUGGGUGAUGAUCCGAAAGUUACUCUGGAUUCCAGGAACUUAUGGAGCCAGUUUCACAAAAUGGGGACAGAGAUGGUCAUCACAAAAUCAGGGAGGAGGAUGUUUCCACCUUUCAAAGUGCGAGUGGAAGGACUGAAUGAAAGAGCGAAAUACAUUUUGCUGAUGGACAUAGUGUCUGUUGAUGACUACCGCUACAAGUUUCAGAACUCCCGCUGGACAGUGGCCGGGAAAGCAGAUCCGGAGAUGCCAAAGCGCAUGUACAUCCACCCCGACAGUCCAUCCAGAGGAGAGCAGUGGAUGAGCAAGCUCGUUGCUUUCCAUAAACUCAAACUCACCAACAAUGUCUCAGACAAGCAUGGAUUUACAAUUCUAAAUUCAAUGCACAAAUACCAGCCCAGAUUUCACAUUGUGAAAGCCAGUGACAUAAUGAAGCUUCCAUUCAGCACAUUCCGGACUUAUGUUUUUCCAGAGACAGAGUUCAUUGCUGUCACUGCCUAUCAGAAUGAUAAGAUUACAAAACUGAAAAUCGACAACAACCCUUUUGCUAAAGGAUUUAGGGACAUAGGGAAUGGAAGGCGAGAAAAGAGGGGUUCUCAGUUGGACAUGUCUUUUCUGCAAGAGAACCAAAGUGAUGUAUGUGACUGUGCUGAUUCUGAGGAUUCCUGUGAACAACCCAGCACCAGUGAGACUUUAUGUUCUCCUCCGGGGCUGUUGAGCAGCCCUCUGAUGUCCACACCUACUAAUCAAGAUGAGGGCAAUAUUGAGACUGAUUCAGAUACUGACUGCCCUGCUGAAGCCAGCUUCUCCUUGCCUGCACUUCCAUUGGCAAGGACUCUUAAAGGCAAAGGGAUAUUGAAUAACAAGUCAGAUCAAAGUAAACUCAGCAACUGUUGGGAUUUGGGAAAAAUAGUAUCAGAUGAUCAGCCCAUCUUGGAUUCCUCAAUGAAGCAAAUCCAAACUCAGGUUCUGCCUGAGAUGUUGCAGCCUUGGGGCACAUCAUCCAUUAUUGAUGAUCCCUGUCGAACUCUGGACUUGUCAAGUGUGGGCGCUCAGCCUUUUCUUAGGCUUGAGAAACCUUUGCUUUUACAACCAGGACAGAUGUCAUUGGGGCCAAUAGGUCUUUCCACUCGAGGCUUUGGACCAGGAGUUUCUUCUUUUCCCAGAGAAGUGUCACCUUUUAGAGGGAUGCUGUCAUAUGACUGCCGUGACAUGGACUCGCCAGGUGGGAUUUCUGCAGUUUUCUCUUCCUGUUCUGCCAGUUCAUCUCUCAUCAGAAACCAGUGUCACAGUAACUCCUGGCCCUGCUUGCGGUUCAGCCCGUAUCAAAUCCCGUUAUCUUUCAGCUCUUGCCAAAACCCGCAUACCGCCAGGCUGCCAGAGUGGACUCAAUCAAAACCUGAGCUGUGCAAAUCUAACAGAGGAGACCCAAGCCAAGUGUUUGACCUUUAUAAUUACAAAACGAAUGCCAAACAGAGACCUGUUUCUCAUUUAAGAGGUCCUUCGAUGAACUGCAGCGCUAGGGUCAGAUGGGUUGAUACCCAAUUCCACCCAUCUUAGAUUUCUUCAUUUUAUUGCUGUUUUAGCUCAGAUUUGUUUGCAUAAUUUUGAUCUCCUUGCAGUUAGUUAAUAAAUUAGCCAUCACCUACUUUGUUUACAGGCUUUACGUGUACUGAUAAUCCACACAACUCAAAGGAUUUGAAAACAUUUUUUUUUUGUCUUUUAAGUCAAAAUAAAGAUGUUUUUGCAGUUUUA